GGACCUCGCGAACAGCCGCAGUUCUCAGCAAACAUCUGAUCGUACUGCUUGUGUGCUAGGAGCUCUUUUAUGUUGUGUCCGGUGUUUUUGUUGUCAAGAGGACAGUGAACAGAAAAUUGCAGUCAAUUCAAUACAUGUGGAAUCAAAUUUACUCGUUGGCAAAAUUAUUUGUUGAGAAAAAUUAAGGGGUUUUAUUUGAGUUCAGACGGUUUACUGCUAAAAUAGUGGAAAAAUACCAGCUGUGUGCGCGUAAAGAUAAAGGCCAGUAAGCUCCAUGUGCCGAUAGCCAGUGCAGGGGAACACACACUCUGACACAUCCGCGGAUGGAGUCUUGCAAAGAUACCAUCCUUCGUUAGCAAUCGAUCCGACCAGUUUGUGGCAGCAGAACACACGGGAACAUGUGCAGCAGGGCGUCGCGGUGAAAAAAUCGAUUUUCAUAGGUGUUCAUUGUGUAUCAACAAGCAGCUUCCGUCACUUGGAAAAAUCACAUGUCGUUCUGCUGAUGCGGCAAGGGUGAAAGUUGUUUCUGUGCACCGCACUCGGACCUGUUCGGCACGGUAGGCAGUUUUGCUUUGUGUAGUCUGGAAAAUUGCACCACAAAACCGAAACUGGUAGAAAUUGUUCAAAAUCGAAAAAAAGUAAUCAAACAAUACUAUUGUGUGUAUCGGGUAAAACGUCCAGAAGAAAUUGAAUCUUGUUGAAGAUUUUUUUUAAUUAUGCUGUGUUAAGUUGAAUGACUCAUCUUGAAGCAAGCAAUCGAUAAUCCAUAAUUAGUAGGACGAUUAUGGCCAAUGGUGCUUUGAUUCCGAACAGCGACUAAGGUGCGGGCGCAAACUAAACGGGUACUCCAGCUUCGAUUUUUUUAUUAUGCCUAUAUCGGACAAACACCGACCAAAUCAUCCGUUGAAUGCCAAAAAGUCAACCCCAGCAACACCAAAUCCGUGGGUGGCGGGUGGCCCACCCGGCGGAAAGGACGCCGUCCUGGUGUUCCGAACGAGUGCACUUUCGCCGGUCAAUAGCAGUAGCGAUGAUCUUGGGCUGCCCACGCCUACCGCUUCCUCGGGUGUUGCCACUGCCAGCUCUUCCGACACUCUAGGCGCCUCUGGCUCCUCGGCGGGCUCCACCAAAGAACCUACCGCAACCACUAGUAAUAAGAUAGCCAACAAUUUGAAAAUACUCGCGACACUGCCGAAAAAUUUCAACGUUCAACGAAAAUCCAAUAGUAUUAGCAGCAGCACUACUACUAGCACUAGUAACGAAGAUGAUGACGACGAUGACGAUGAAGAGGACGAGGAGGAAGAUGACGAUAAUGAUGACAACGAGCAGGACGCUGAGGGAGAUACAGACGAAGAAGAUGAUGACGAAGCGGCCACCUCGCAGGACGAGGCUAGUCCUUCGGCGACAGCUGAAGCGAGCGGUAAAUCGAAAAAACGACAGCUAGAAUCAUCGUCCUCGUCUAGCUCGUUAAGCAAUGAUUCAAUGGCUAGCAGAGGCGACGGUGACGAUAUCGAGGUGGAGUUGCCCACCUCCAAGUCGGAACCGGUGCUUGCUGCGGUGGAUAAAAAAAUAUCCCGCAAGAGCCAGGAGAACAAGGAAAACCAAAACGUAGACAAAACGGAAAUGCCUGCCGCCCAGCUUAACAUUUACUAUAAAUUCGUGAAUACGGAAACGAGACUGCUGCGGAAGAUACUGAAUGCGCACGGUAUGGCGGAAAGUGGAUCGGAUUCGUCCGAUUUCAACCUACUGUGGACCGGUAUACACUUGAAGCCGGAUAUUUUGCGCAACUUGGCACCGUACCAGCGGGUGAAUCAUUUUCCUAGAUCAUACGAGUUGACGCGGAAGGAUCGGCUCUACAAAAACAUCGAACGAAUGCAACAUCUGCGCGGUUUGAAGCACUUCGACAUAGUGCCGCAAUCGUUUCUGCUACCGCAGGACUACAAAGAGCUAAUCGUUGCUCACAACAAGUGUCGGGGACCGUGGAUCGUGAAACCGGUCGCCUCCAGCCGGGGUCGUGGCAUUUUCAUCGUCAAUUCACCUGACCAGAUCGCUUCGUACGAGCAAGUUGUAGUCGCCAAGUACAUUACCGAUCCGCUCUGCAUCGACGGUCACAAGUGUGACAUUCGACUGUACGUUGCAGUUACCUCGUUCGAUCCCCUGAUUAUCUACCUCUACGAGGAGGGGCUCGUUCGAUUGGCAACGGUAAAGUACGAUCGAACGGCGGAGAACCUGUGGAAUCCAUGCAUGCAUCUGUGUAACUACAGCAUUAAUAAAUACCACACGGAUUAUAUAAAAUCGAAUAACGCUGGCGAUGAAGAUGUGGGACACAAAUGGACUCUAAGUGCAUUACUGAGACAUUUGCGAAGCCAAGGCUGCAACACAGAGCAGUUGAUGUUGAACAUUGAGGACCUAAUUAUAAAGGCAUUUUUUUCCUGCACUCAGCCGAUUGUGGCUGCCUGUCGAAUGUUUGUACCACAUGUAGGAAACUGCUUUGAGCUUUAUGGGUUUGAUAUUCUAAUAGACGAUACGUUAAAACCGUGGUUACUUGAAAUCAAUUUGUCACCUUCGCUUGGCUGUGAUACUCCUUUGGACACGAAGGUCAAAGCCUGUUUACUAACAGACUUGCUAACAAUGGUAGGAAUUCCGGCAAUCAGCCCUUUGCAGAAAGCAUGCUACGACAGUAAAGGCCAGAAAAUUAGAAACCUAACAACGCCCUACAGAAGAGUGAACUCAGCCGAUUUUGUACAUAGUACCGGCACAAGCGGAGCAAAAAAAGAUUCCCACACUCAGCAGAACGAACCGUCGACUAAAAAGCUCCAGACAACACUUAGUGCGCUAACGGCGGAAGAGUUAAAAAUUGUCCGUUUUGCUCGUUCGCAGUACGAACGGCGAGGUGGGUUUGUAAGAAUAUUUCCCACUAGUGAUAGUAUGAUGCGUUACGCUGCAUUUUUGGAUCCCGUUACCGGAGUACCCACGUCGGCAAUUACUUCAUCUGGCAGUGGCACAUACCUGAUGGUCAUCCCGCACAACUACAAUCAAAUGUUGCACACGCAGCUUUUUCCACAAGGAAGCGAAUCUGAGAACCGUAUUAUUCAUCGAAUUCAAAAGUAUGAACGUGCGUUGGAAAGCUCACUUCCUAUUACGAUCGGUCCGAAGCAUACGACUCCGAAGUGUGUUGACGAAGCGAAACGGCUCAGACUGCAAAUAAGAAAGCUUAUAGAAGCUGGUCACGAGAUGAGCAUUCUGCAGUCCAGGCGCGCUUUUGGUUUGUAUCUGGAAUACAUUUUGAAACGACUAUCUUCCGAGCCAAAGCACAGCCAUGAGGAGUUGGUAAUGAAAUUUCUGUAUCGCGUUGGGGCACACAUGAAAACGCCGUUCUUUUUCCGCAAUUUUGGCAACAAAGCACUAGGCAAGGACCGUGGAGCUAUGGUUGCAAAGCAGCUGGGUGAUUACUUGCAUCUAUACAACAAGGAAACGGAAGCAUUCGUGGACACUUUCGAUAUGGUAGGAAUGGUUCCAAUCAAAAUGUUUAACGAAUUUUUUAUGCAAGCCAGUGAAACGGAUGUGGAGUCUGUGCUGACGUUGCACACCAAUUUCACCCAGACGAUGCCGUUCCUGUACACCGGUCUAUCGUCCAGCGUUCCACCGGCACCUCCCAUUCCGGUGGGGGCGCAUGGUUUCCUUAAAGCGCUGCCCUGUAUGGCUCCCGGAGGCGCCAAUAAAGAGCUGAUCCGGUUGGAUCCGUACCACAAGAUCAGUGAGGUCAGCCGAACCGGCCGCACUGGAUUCGGUACGUCUGCCGCCGGACGGGCGGAUUUCCGAAGCGACAAAAGUAUGCGGCUUUCGCCGAUUAAACGAAAACCUCCAGUUGGGAACAUGGUCAAGUCGUCCCGUGAACGGGACCAGCGGUCCAAUUGGUUGUACUAGAAGUUGGACGCUUGUUGUUGUACGUAUAUUUUUUUUCCUUCUGAGAGUUUAUUUUUCCAUGUUGGGCUACUGUGAAUAGUGAUUCAUUGACAAAAAGGUAAAUUAAGUUAUCGGCGGUUAUGCACGAAUAUAUUCCAUCCCAGUACUUUGGCUCCAUGUUUUAUUUAUUAUUUUAUUUAUUUAUUAUCUUGAUUUCAUAGCAAUACUUCAGUUAUAUCAAAAUUACAUUAUUUCAAAGUCAAUCAUCUGAUGAGACUUCUAAAAACAUUGUAGUAGCGAUCAUUAAAUUAUUUUCUAUUGAUAUGUUACAGUAUGGUGCUAUUUUCAUACAUACAUUGCAAACUUGUCCUUUUUCUAAUAUUCCAUACUUUUUACUAGUAGUUGUCGCCCAAAGGUUCCGCUCGCAGAUUUCAAUCCUAGUCGUAUAUUGCAACGUAUUUGUAGACGAGAACAGAGGGAUCUUGUCUGGAACGAUCCAACUCAAAGAAGAUGUAUUAAUUCGAUAAAGUUGAACACACAAAACAAUCGUCAUACGCAACUUGAAGCAAACAAGUUUAUUGAGAAACAUAACUCGAUAUAAUCUUAAUAAUAAAUAGUAAACACAAGAAAAGACACCAUAUUUAACUGUAAGCCAAAGAUUUGGUCGUUACUAAAGCCAAAACAAGCGUGGUUUUUGUAAGAAGACAGUGAAGCUGAAUCUAGUCACACAGUAGUGUUGUCAGUUAAAUAAUUCUUAAAGAUAAUUGAGCAAGGGCAGGUGACAGAUUUAGCAGCUUUAGUUCUUCUAUCUCGUCUCGUUCUAUUCAAUCAUUGUGCUUAUCGCCAUCUCGGGUGGCUUUAAUUAUUACGCGGCACUUAGCAGAGAAAAAUCGCGUAGUUUUAACUAUAACAAAGCACGUCAAUCCAAAGCAUAUAUUUUUGAUAAUAACAGUUAAAAAUUACUAGCAAACAGAGUGAUCGUAUUCGUAAAAUGCUGCUGUGUAUUACACACUCAUGGUAUGUAAGAUUAGCGUGAAUAAGAAUAAGAAACGGCCUUGAGGUGGCGUAAUCCCAUUGAAACUGUUGGUUCUAAAUUACACAAACGAACAUAUUAAAAACUAAUGAUACUUGCUUCUAUCUCUAGUGAUAGUAAACGCACAGCACAAAUUUGCAGUAAUUAAACAAACAAGAUUUUAAGCACAAAACUAAACGAAAGUUCACUUGAAAAAAAAGGCUUCGUCCAGAAAAUUGUUAGAAAAUUAAAAAGAAAAGAAACAACGCUUUUAUCGUUUGAAAAAAAAAAAAUCACAGCACAGCAAUGCCAUUCAGCAGGUGUCUUCCAUAUACGCGAUAUGGACUCCAGCAUUCAAGCAGUCGUAAACCGCACGCUUUUUACCUGCUUUUUAUCGGAGGAAAAAAAAUAAUCAAAAGAAAUCAUAUCGAUAGCUAAUCCGGCCAUUUACUCGCGUACACUGAAAAGUUUAUACAUUAGGGUGGGUCGAUUUAAAAAUCGCUUAGGCACAUAUGAUUUUCGGAUUUUAGGGAUCAAAAUAAGAUACUUUUCUCAAGAAACCAUACCUCUAAAAUGAAUUCUGAUGUCCCUUGUACUAACGUGUAGGUACCCAAAAGGUCAAAUUUCAAAAAAUCCUGUUUUGACCCAUUUAGAGUGACCCAAUCGAGUCCAAAUGUAUGACCGACCCCCACUAACUUUGGAGGGCUGACCCACCCAUGCUAGUGUUACCCCCCUGGGACCCCCCUAGGGGGGCUCCCAUACAAAAAUAUAAAAAAAUAUCAAAAAAUCACCAUUUUUGGCACUUUAUAUGACAAAAAUCAGUGAAAUGGCUAUUAUUUUUCCGCACAAAUGAAGUUUCUAGGAAAAAAAUUUUUUUUUUGUUUUUGGAUUUUUGUUUUCUCUUUAAAAAUUUAUUCGAUCAGAACAUAGGAAAGAAACUAAAAAAUUUUUGUUUGAAGUCUUUUUUGGUUUCAACACUGGGCAAUUUCGCACGGCUCUCUAAUGUCGCCUCCAUAACAGCCUCUACAUUUUCCGAUAUUACUCGUUUGGAAACGCUAGCUAGCAGUUGAACGUGUUGUUCCGUUCCUUGUAUAUGUAAUGGAAUAUGCGGAUCAGUAAAUGGUGAAUCAUCUUCAUUUAAAUAUGCCAUCAAUGUUUCAUACGGAAUGAUUCGCGUGAAUGGUGGUUCAAAUACGUUAUUUUUAUCAGUCAAAUCGAUCAUUUUCGUGUAAUCGAAGCAAUGGAAGUUUAUAUCUGGUUUUUUAUAUUCUCUAAGUUCCGAUGGGUCUUCAACAUUGUCUCGAUAUCGUAAAAUUUUCUUGAUAGCAGAGUCGUGCACCUCUUUCCUAUCAUCAAACAACAUUGAUAGCAAGAUAUUUUCCGAAUGUGCAAAAUAUGGAUUUACAUGAUUGACAACAGUGCGUAAAUUUGGCUCCAGAAAUUGUGCCCAAGUAAUGUACUUGAAAAACAAUACACUACCGUACACGACAGAGCUGUAAUACUUGAUAUUAAAAUACAUUGGCACAUAAACCUUAAUUAUAAAUUCAACCAGAAUUCUUAAAUUUUUAGGUGGUUUUUUCAUUGUCACAUAUAAUCGUAAUAAUCUAGCGGCCUUGGUGAGCCAGCGGAAUGUACAAUUUUCCCUGGUUUUAUGUUAGCCAGAUCCACAGAAACCACGCCAUUAGAAAUUGCAUGUGCCAUGUCGUAUAAGUACUGCGAAUCGGUGGAAUAUUCGUGCUGUUCUGCAACAGGAGGCAUAUUUUCCAACGCAAUUCUCUGAAAGUCGCUCACCACCUAAAAAUAUAUAAUAAUUAAAUAAAUUUAUUAUGAUUUCACCAUUCAAAAUGUUAGAAAAUUAUAAUAAAUGAGUGACAGCAAUGACUUACCGGAAGAGCUUCAGAAUUUUCAAUUUGCUUGCUAAUUUUCCCGGUUGUUGAUGUUGGUCCAGUGGUGGAUGAUUUAUCCAAAACCCCAAACAAAUGUCGAAACGGAAGUUCGUUGAAGUGUAGAAGGCAAACAAACCAAUGCAAUGGUCUUUUUAGCAGCAAUUCGAAUCUUCGUAUAAUUCCACCGUGUGUGCCAGUGUUUGUUGGCUCACCGUCAGUGCAUAUGCCAAUCAAUGCAUCCAGAGAUAUGUUUUUAUCGUUGAAAAAUUCAUUCAAUUUUGUUGUUUUGUAUUCAGCACUUUCCUCUACCAGUCUUGCGUAACCAAUCAAUCGAGAAUUCGGUUCUCUCAAAAUAACAAGGUGAGGUUCUUUUACCAUCCUACUAUGAUACUUACCAUCAAUUUUUUCUCUCGUAUAAGUAUCAUCUUUUCUGCCGUCGAAUGAAAACGCUAUUAAACUGGAAUCAUCAAACCUUUUGCGGAGCACUAUUCGUCUGCAUUUCUCUCUUUCUCUACGAACUUUCGAUUAAUCCAUGAUGAGAGGUUCGCCAUGCUGAUCUUUCAUUUCAAAAUCUUUGAAAAGACUGGUUGCCAAUGCUGACGCUACUCUAUCAGACACACCAAAUCUGUCACACAUCAAGGCAAAGUUAAAACAAUCGUAUCUUUCUGUGUAUUGUGAACUUGUGUUUCUAUUCAUAACAUCUUCAUCAACCGUCAUCGGUACGUCUACGUAUGUUGUAUCAUCGGGAUCUUCGCAUGUUGGCAUUGUUGGCAUUGAUGACGAUGUCCCUUGCUCUUCAAUUUCUAUCAGAAAUGCAUCAAUUGUUAGUCUUCUCUGUUUAUGUUGAUCGUGCAUAAACUCUUUGAGGCGUUCUGGAACCAAACCGCAGUUACAUUGAGCUGCCGUCAAAUCGCAUUUACAUGCUCCAAUAUAAAAAAUUUCGUUCAGAGUACCGGUAAACACUAAAAGGUCUCUAUUCGUCUUCUUAAUUUCGGCUUGGUAUUUGUCAACCAAUCUAUUCAAUUUAACAGCAACAUAUUUUUUUGAAAUUAUUUCCAUACCAAGUUUUUCCCAAAUUCCAACCAACCUAUCUGUUACGUGAUUAGAGAAUUGUUUAUAAGAAACUUUUUUUGUUCUGUUUUUGCACGUUCGCUUAAGUAAAAAUAAUAUCUCAAGAUAUCCAGAUCGGUUGGUAAAUUAAUAUCAUUCAAAUCAGAAGACACACCAAAAACAGCAACAUCAUGCUUGGGUAUAUGACUCAUUGGGUUUUCGAUAGCUGAUGAUGUUGUUGCUAUUUCAUCUUGCGGGUUCAUUGUAAACUAAAAAAAAUAUAUUUUGACUUUAACAAUUUUCACUUUCACUUUCAGGUUUUUAUUUUAGGUGUUGACUCUUUGGCGGACGAUGUAGAAUGAUUUAUGUUGACGUUUCUAUCCUAUACGAAACCUACACUAGUUCUACACAGAGUGAAUAGAUAGAGUGACGCAGAGAGAAAUUCAGUCAAAACAGCAACACGGUUUUUUUAUGUAUCCACCAAAAUAUUUUUCUGGCAGCCCCUUUUUGCUUGUCAGAGUGAAAAGAUAGUUAUUGUAUUUAAAUUUAAAACAAGUUCGUUUGAUAAAGUUUGAUAGAGAUAGAAAAAAUGAAGUGCGUUUUGUGUAAUAACAAAAAACAGUGAGGAAUGUGAGUUUUUUUCGGUUCCCGAAGAAUCCGAUUGUGAGGAAACAGUGGAUGGAUUUUUGUUGCCUCCCAGCAGACUAUUUCAUUGACGAAAACACCCGACUUUGCAGUGUUCGUUUGGUUUUUCUGGUUUCAGACUCUGCGUCACUCUAUUUAUUCACUCUGGUUCUACAGUGUGCGUGGGAACAGUGGAAACGGAGCGUCCGUGCGUGGUAGCCGCUGUGGUAGCAUACCAGCGGUGCUCGCCUGACUGGUCGAAAUAAAAAUAUUACAUAUGAUGUAACAGAGUGAUAUACGAUUUUAUGUUCAAAAGGACGCCAACUGCAAACGCCAUCUGCAAUGAAAAUGGCUCAGAAAUAUGUGUAAUUGUGUAUGUAUGCGCUGAAGACUCAGGACCGAAUCCCAUGCGAAACAGGAGAAAACAAAAAUCCAAAAACAAAAAAAAAACAUUUUUUUCCUAGAAACUUCAUUUGUGUGGAAAAAUAAUAGCCAUUUCACUGAUUUUUGUCAUAUAAAGUGCCAAAAAUGGUGAUUUUUUGAUAUUUUUUGAUAUUUUUGUAUGGGAGACCCCCUAGGGGGGUCCCAGGGGGGUAACAUUAGCAUGGGUGGGUCGGCCCUCCAAAGUUAGUGGGGGUCGGUCAUACAUUUGGACUCGAUUGGGGCACUCUAAAUGGGUCAAAACAGGAUUUUUUGAAAACACGUUAGUACAAGGGACAUCAGAAUUCAUUUUAGAGGUAUGGUUUUUUGAGCAAAGUAUCUUAUUUUGAUCCCUAGAAUCCGAAAAUCAUAUGUGCCUAAGCGAUUUUUUGAUCCCCUACAAAUCGAACCGCCCUAUUAUACAUAUAUCGCCUUUGUAUUUCCUAACCUCUCUGCAACGUUCGCGUUGAGAACGUAUCAAAUCAAGCAGAGUUUCAAUAAUGCAUCUACUAUCUACUGUUAAAUUGAUCCAAACCAAGAAAAAAACUAACAUACCCAGACACAUAGCAAGCCCAAUACUCUCGCAAUGUUACUAAAUUAUCGUUCGAACAGGAUGUGUUCUCCGUGUACCAAUUGAGUACGCUGCAAGGACAGUCAAGUUUAGUACCUACCAAUUUGCGUGUGUUUUCCCCCGCACGGGAGAGAAAGUUAUACGGUUAUGCAAAAAUCAAAUUCAAUAAAACUUACUCUUCGAA